CUAUCUUUAGCUCUGACACGGAUUACCAGUGCGCAGUGUGUGGACAGACUGCGCCCCGGUGCAACGUGCCCGGCUUAUCGCUGUGUGUGCUUAUUUGCGCUGAAGCCCUCUUGCAUUCAUACAUAUAAAACAAAAUCUAAACAAAAAGCAAACGCGAUGGGGGAAUGACAACAACGUCCAUCCCCGCCUGCGGUUCUCCGUCUACGAGAAGACCCCAAGGAUGCUGCUGCUCUCCAGUCCGCGGAACGGACGCCAGCGCCGGACUUCGCCGCUGCUGCUCGCCGCCGUCCUGCUGUGCGUCGUCCCUGUCAGUUCGAGCCUUCCAGCUGGCAGUAGGUGCCCCCCCCAUAUAGACUGUGCCAAAGAGGGACGCCACUUUUGCAGGCCUGGCUCCUCCCACUGUGGCCCCUGCCUCUCCUCAUUGGAGGAGAACGAGGAAGGACACUGCGUUGUGAGGAAGAGGCACCAUCAGCGUGGCAAAGUGACAUUCUAUCCCGACUUGGAUGAAGAGAUUGAUUACCUUCACUCUGUGAUUGAAAAACAGGAAGUAACUGAGGUCAAACCACCAAGAAAAACAGCCAAACAUCCUGCUGCCGUCGGAUCCCAGACAGAUGCUAAAAAAAGCAGGACAGAUGCCUCCAGCCACAAACAAAUAAGCCAGAGUCAUCUGUCAGAAGAAACCCUGCAUGCCACCACUACAGCCCCCCGCCCAGCACUUUCUGCCCUCCCUAACACACCAAGCCCACAGCCCACAGCCACCAGAGCUGAGGGCCGAGCUGGUCCCAUCGCUGUGCCAACACCCAAGAAUGACAGCAUUAUUAUCAUUAUGAUCUCCCUGUGUGUGGUGGUGGGCACUGUGGCAGUGGUCCUGGCGACUGUCUGUUACAUCAAGUUGCAGAAAGAAUCACAUCUAACUGGAAAGGUGGACUACCCAGCCUUCAGAGGACCAGGUGUGACUCCUCCCACAGUCAACGGAACCUCGAUGGGAGAUAAGACACUGGCCCAAAGUGCCCAAAUGUAUCACUACCAACACCAGAAGCAGCAGAUGCUCUCGCUGGGAAACAACCACAAACCUGAGCAGAAGGUCCCUGAAACCGAGGUCACAUCAGAUGAGGAAGAAGUCGGAGGGGAUUUCACAGUAUACGAAUGUCCAGGAUUGGCACCGACUGGAGAAAUGGAAGUGAAAAACCCUCUGUUUGACGACUCCAAUUUACAAUAUCAGGGGAAUCGCAAGUGAACACUGAACACUGAAACAAACACACACACCUAUAUAACUAUAUACACAUAGGCUACUUACAGACAUACUCACAGGCAUACAAGCCAUGUCUCUGGAUGAAACCACCUGGUCUCACACUGCAUGCAUAGGAGUGGAGGAUCCUUGCAGAGGAGGAGCUGAUAAAAAUGAUUGUUUUCUGAUUGUUGGCCCUUUACUAUAUCCACCCUGAGCUUUUACAUUUUUCUAUGCUACAAAUGUGUACUGGGUUCUUUGUUAGUCUUUUCUGUCACUGUAUGGAGUAUUUCUGUCUUUUAAUUUAUGGUUUUCAGAGUCCCACUAGAUCAUGUCCCUUUGGGUGUUGUGUCCUAUUGAAAUGUUGAAUUCUGAGUUGAGAUUUUCUCCUCCAUCUUUAUUAUUUUCCUUCAUUUUUGCAGCUGUUUCCAAAGAAUGUGAUACAAUAGAAGACACAUGUACAACUCAGAUGCACACGCAUACAUAAACUGAAAAAUAGGUGCCCUCCCUUGUUCUGUCAUGCAUAGGUAGUAGCUAAACCACCUUCCUAACCAAUACCCUGGAAAUGCUUUGCUAUAACAUCAACUAAAGACUCCCCAACCCAACACCAGGUUUAGCAUUGAAAAUGUAACCGUUGGUGUUGUUUAUUUCUUGUCAUAUAAGCUGCACAUAAAGAUUUUAAGAUUACAGAGUAUAUAUAUAUAUAUAUGGAAAUGAAGUACUUGAUGGUGUCUGUUUGCAUGAUCUGACUGUACUGUGCUUGAAUCAUGGCAAUGCUUUGAUGAAUUAUUCUGCCUGCCUCCUAUAUGUAUGCAUCCUGCUACAGGAGGAGGGAAUGUACAGUAAAAGUGACUUCUGAGCACUUGAAUGACAUUUUUGGAGAGAAACUAUACUGAUGGAUGUGUAGCUGGUAAAUAUCACUAACUUGUAUUGUCCCUCUUCCCUCUCCAUCCUCCUCUGUCCCAAAUUAACUCUGCGCUGCAAAAUGUACAUACAAAGAGUGAAAGUGUUCACUUUUUAUAGUUAUUUGUACAUGUACACCAAGGAUUGGAAUUAAAACUUUUUACCACAUGUGAAAAUC